AUGACCGACUCCAAAGUCUCCAACUUAAUGGAAGCACGGAGGAGGCCCUGCGCAAGGAAAUUGAUCUCGCCAUUUACCGAGGAAGUGGAACGAGCUCCGCCGCCAAAGCGGUUCACAACGCCAUCCAUCACUCCGUUCAAAGGAGACUCUGACCCUGAGAGCCAUUUGAGGCACUUCAAGAGCACCAUGAUCCUGUACAAGGCAGACGGCGCCCUGAUGUGCAAAGUGUUCGCGAUGACUUUACGAGGAGCAGCUCAAGACUGGUUCCACACUCUACCGUCCGGGUCGAUAGGCAACUUCAAGGAGUUCGCCCUCAUCUUCACAAAGGAGUACACCUCCUACAAGACGGUCAGAAAGCAUGCAGACCACUUGUUCAACCUGCACAAGAAACCAGACGAGUCUCUUCGAGACUACCUCAGACGAUUCAAGGCUGAGAAGGCGAACAUCAUAGGAUGCAAUGACCAAGUUGCAUCCUCAGCUUUCAAAAAAGGCUUGCCAACCGAACACGAGCUAUACCGUGAGCUGGCCAUAACUCCAAGCCAAACCUUGGCAGAGGUCUUCGCGACGGCAGAGCGCUACGCACUUUGGGACGACGAUCGUAUUGCAGCGAAGAAAGCCAGCAAGCCAGCUGAUCACCCAACAAGGCAGGCGAGCUAA